AUCGUACGACUUGCUAAGCUUACUUGCUAAUCGAACAUUAAUUUCCUCUAAUUUGGAAAUACCAUUGGAAAGCUCCUGGGUUGGGAACAAAAUAAAAUCGCGCAUAAGUUGUGGUGUGACCGCUAAAGGUUUUACAAAUGUUGUAGUGAAUCAUUGAGUUUUACAUCGUGGAAAUAUAACGCUGCAAAUAUAGUUACUGCAACCUGUUAGCUUCAUUCUUUGCCGUGGAGGAUACGUGAUGGACUAGCGUUACCUCUAUCAUGGCGGCUCAAGUGACAGAAAAAGGCAACAUACGAAUCACUCCGAUAAGCUCUAGAUGAGUGGUUAAAAAAAACAUAUAUGUUACAAAUAGCGAUACGAGCUGGCAUUUCUGACUCUGAUACCCGUUAUCUUGGUGCCCCUGCAAUUCCGAUCAUCAACAUGGGUGCGGCAUGUUUGCAGCUUUAGGCAUUAUGAAUCAAAUGGCAUUACCAACUUCCCUAGAUAAGGAUGCUAUUCGCGAAGCGUAUGAAGAUGUACGCUCGAAUCUGAGUGAUCACGAGUGGGCUGUGUUUAAAUUUGAUGGUUUGAAGAUCGUCUGUUCCGCCAAGGGACAGGGCUUCGAUGAGUUCUGCAGUGAGUUCCAUGACGAUGAGCGUGCGUUCGGUUACAUCCGGAUACAGAUGGGUGACGAGAUGUCAAAACGCAGCAAGUUUCUCUUCCUGACCUGGAUCGGACCGGAAGUAGGUGUGAUGCAGCGCGCCAAAAUGUCCACAGACAAAUCUAUCAUCAAGGAUGUGAUCAAUAACUUUGCCGUCGAGCUGCAGGUGGAAACGAGCGUUGAUCUCGAUCUGGAGAUGUUUAAGGCACAUCUGAACAAAGCUGGCGGUGCCAACUAUGGCACCGGUGUACGAGAGCUGUAAAAAUAGCACACGCCAAACGAUUCUGGUGGAUACAGGCGAAUAGAGAUGUAGCAUGCGGGUGGAUAAGAGGGAUGCUCUAAACAAAUCGCUGUAGAAUGUGAUCUGUGCCAGACGGCUACUGCCUUUGCCAUUCCAUAGAUUCACGAUUCAAUCAACCGAACCCUUUUAGGAUGUAGUGUGAACAGGUUUAUGAUAAUACUCAGGCCAACUUAUAAGGUUAAUGGUUUGUUUUGUGAUAACAACACACUAGUAAUUCUGAUCAUUCUAAAGCAGGUACGAGUAAAGUUUGCGUAAUUGAAUCAUUGUCUCACUACUGCAGAGGAGAGAGAGAGAGAGAGAGAGAGAGUGAGAAGUGGAGUAUAUUCGGCGAACAUUGCGGAAUAGCGUAAAUUUCCUUUUUCGAGCCCGUCAACAUGUAGAACUUAAAAUGAAUUAUUUAAAUAUUUAAUUUUACGCUUACUCGCUUACUCGUACAUUUUGUCAGAUAAAUUAUUAAAGUGCACUAACAAUCGUUAUCAUUAAUAUUAUGAUUGGCCUUGAGCAUUAUUUUAAACUUCAUUUAUUUGAACAAUCAUUUGUCAUUCACCGCACCAUAUAUUUUUUUUUGUUAUUGGAAAUUGUAACAAGAGUUCGUUUAUACCAAUACGACCAGCUUUAAUUUGUAUUGAUGCUAGGUUUUUGGCGCAGACCAUGCUUUCGAUCGGUGCUCGACACUGGGGGAAAUUGUGAUUGUGUAAUAUGUUUCAAUGUUAACUUCAAUUUGUUUGAUUGGGACAAGAUCCCCUAACGGGUUGUUUCGAUGUAAUUUCAAAGAAACGUGCCUUAAAUUUUAUCAAAUGACAAAUCAGGCAUACACAAAAUUUGACUAACGUUACAGGAACAUGUACCACAAAAACACUGGUCAGGUGGACUGCUUCAAAUGCGAGGUUAGAGAAAGCGAUUUACGGAAGGAAAUACUUGAUGUGUAAAUUUAGGAAAAAAAAACCCAACCUUGUCUCCUAAUUUUCGCUAUAAUAGCUAUACAUGUAGGAAAGAACAAGAUGACUGAUAAAAAAAAUUGGAGAGACAAUGAAAUAAGCUCGUACGCAUAAAAAACUUGCAACUUGAUAUUGAAUUCUGGUCAUACAGCGCUUAUCAACUACAUUGAACUGUUUGCAUAAACAGUAUUAUACAUAGACACUGUUCGAAAAACUUGGAAACCAUCGUUUGGCAUUGAGAUAUAGAAAACAAUGUGAUUUAGUUUGAUUUGUUGAAUUGCACAAGUUAAGGUUUAUUCAGUACUGUUCUACGGUUUGUUGAAUGUUUCAAAAUUUCGCAAAACUAUCACAACGCAUCAAACCCGGCAGCAUUCCAUCCCGAGAUCUAGUUGGUUGUUUUCCGCAGAUUUUUAAGUGCAUAGAAUUGAUUAGCUUUUCUGUUAAGCUACCGUAGCUGUUUCAUCGUUUAUAUUAUUAAAAUCAUUAUUCUGCGCGUAUCAAACUUGUUUGAAAGUUAUUUCUCUACUGCGUUAGCUAAAUCAGACCAACUAAAACAGAAUAUUGCAAUAUAAUUCCGCUUUACAACGCCACUGAUAAGAACAAUUGAAAUGAAAUCAGAACAACGAGUGUAUGUUAUUAUUUCUACAGACUGAAGAAGAAGAAAAACAAAACAUUUUCAUUGUGCGAAUGUGUAAUGCCGUUACUGCUGUGACAACCGAGGCAAUUUAACAGAAUAAAAAUAUGUAACCUUAAA